UCCCCGAUCCCAAACCUCCACUUCUUCAUCCAUCUUUACUUUGAUUGUUAUCUGAUCAAAAUUGGAAUAUGAAGAAGUGGGGAUAUUUAGGGUUUCAUUAUUAAAAGGAUGAUAGUGCUCAAGAAUAUGUUCCUGAUAAUGAAUUCCUCUUGACAGAGAACCAAAGCUAGAAACUUAUUGGAUUCCUCUUAAAUCGUUGAGCCAACAAAAGCUAUAUUUCAAAGUUGGAAGAUCCAAAUUCAAAGAAAGAUAAGAUUCUUGAUUUUGAGGUCAAUGGAACACAAACCGCAAGGAGAACAGAGCUGAUGAGGUUUACCUUGAGAUUACGAGGGAAUAAAACCUUUACUGGAAGAGACAUAAGCCAUUUACUGUGUCUUUACGCAAUUAAAAUAUUCCAACGAGAAAAAGAGAGAAAGAGAGAGAAUUGUUUCUUUUUUUUUUCUAAUUUCAACUAAAGUUUCAUCUGUAAUCUGAAAGGGUGAUUUUGCCAAUUCAACAGUCACACCUAGUUGAUGGAACAAUUUGAAUACAAUCUUAACCUUUUUCUAAAUGCAGUCAUGUGCUUGUAAGGAUAACAUAGCAAGAGAACUGAGGGCAUCUCUAACCAUGACACCAAAUUUAAUGCUGAAAUUAUACUAAAUUUAUUGUUUUGGUGCCAAAUUCUUUUUGUCAUCUCCAACCAUUACACAAAAGAGCUGAGGACAUCCUUGAAUAUAUGUUAAAUACAUGAGAUUUUAGUCGAGAAAGCUGAGAAAAUCUGAUCUGAGACUAUUCAUAAUAGAACCCAUGUUUUUUUCUAAAGCGCGAAUGAAUAAAAUAUAUUACUAUAUAAAAAUCUAGGUUAAAAUAUAUUAGAAUCCAUAAAAUAUAUUACUAUAUAUAAUAAAUUCAGUUAUUAUGGCAAUUGUUUAACAACCAAAAUCUAUCAUAUCUUAGAUGCAAAUCUAAAUAAUUGAUUGCAUUAAUAAAUAUUAUAAUUUUUUCUUUUGUACAUAAUAAAAAAAUUCUAUGGAGUUUUUUUUAAAAAGGGCCAAUUCGAUGGUUUUCACUAAUUUCUAAUUGUUAUUUUUGUGGGAAGUAAUCUUAACAAAAUUAUUUUUAAAAAAAUCUUCUCAUAUUUAAGCAUUUUAUGGUGUUUAUUUAUUAAUGUUAAUGUUAUAGGCACAAUUAUGUUAUUAUAUUAUUUUUUAAUAUUUGGGUCUAAAAUUGUAUUUAUGUUUUAUGUUUUAAUAGUAUUGAUUGUCAACUUGUUAAUGAAUAGAAAAUAUAAAAAAGACGUUCCUCAUGGUUUACAUCGAUGCAUGGCACGUUUUUAAGAUCUUAUGUCAGUUUUGUUGAUCAUUGUUCGUCACCAUCAUCUUCUUUCAUCCUUACCGGAGACUUGAAUAUUUCAGAAGUCAGAACCAAAAGAAAACACACAGGAGAUGGUGAGUUUCAUUAGCGCGUGGUGUUUAGUGAUCAUCUCAUUGUGUUACACAUAUGUCGUUGCCAGAUUGGUUCCUAAUGGGAUGAGAAGGAUGAUACUGUUCAUACCUGUCUUCCUCUAUUUCUUCAUAGUUCCUUUAUCAUUGUCCAACAUUCAUGCUGUCGGCAUCACGGCUUUCUUCAUCUCCUGGCUCGCUAACUUCAAGCUCUUUCUCUUUGCUUUAGGACGAGGUCCUCUUGCUUCAGACACCAAAAUCUUACCUCUCCCUAUUUUCUUAGCCGUCUCUUGCUUGCCCGUCAAGAUUCAUCUGAGCCCUAAAUCUUACUCCCAUGGAGGAUCAUCUAGAGAGGGUCUCUUGUAUUAUACCAUCAUGGCUUCUCUUUUGGUUCUUAUGACAAAAGUCUACAAGUAUAACAGCAAACUCCCGAACAAAGCCGUAUUGACUCUCUACGCGAUUCAUAUCUAUCUCCUCCUCGAGCUCAUCCUAGCCGCCACGGCCACCAUGGUUCGAGCCAUGUCAGGUCUUGAGCUAGAGCCACAGUUCAACAAACCGUACCUGGCGACAUCUCUUCAAGAUUUCUGGGGGAGACGAUGGAACUUAGCGGUCACUGGAAUCCUAAGGCCUACCGUGUACGAGCCGAUGAUUCAGCUCUUCUCUGUCUUGGGCCCGAACUGGUCACGUGUUCUUGCUGUUCUCGCCACGUUUGUUGUCUCAGGGUUGAUGCACGAGCUCAUCUUCUUCUACAUGGGAGGGUUGAUGCCGGACUGGAAAGUAAUGUGGUUCUUUCUUGUACACGGGCUCUGCACUACUGUGGAGAUCGCCGUCAAGAAGAAAGUCAACGGGAGGUGGAGGCUUCCGACAGGAGUCAGUCGUGUUUUGACGUUCGGGUUUGUCAUGGUGACGGGUUUGUGGCUGUUCUUGCCGGUGUUUAAUCGAGGGAACAUAUUUGAGAGGGCUCUUGAAGAGUAUGCAUAUGCAGGCGCGCUUGCAGCCGAGCUAAAGAGCAUCAUUACAUCUCUAUUCUAAUACUUGCAUUAAAACAAAUCUUGAGUUUCAUAUUGCUACAAAACAUAUCAAGAAUCAUGAUCACAUCGCAUGCGACUUUUUUAUUUGUCUUCUGUUGAUACAACAGUUCUAAAGUUUCUGCAACUCUCUUCACUUGGAUGAAAACAUGAAUCAAGAAAAUAGUGGGAAGUUUAUAAAACUAUACAUUAAAAAUUGAAAACAAGUAGAGACAAUAGCAAGCAAAAUGGCUCAGCAAGAUCUGUCUAGGUUACACAUCUUAAAUCUAUCUAAGGCAGCUAGAUUUGUGGACACCUCCUAUGACUAAAGCUUUUUCCCACUAAUAAAUCAGACGCACAGGGAGUUGCUUUCUUACUGAUCAUGGUUUAUAAUUGUCCAAGCUUUUUACGGAAGAUAAGUUCCACUUCACCACGAAGGGUUUCCACAUCUGCAGCAUAGUCUCUCUUGUCUUCAUCCUCCAUUGACUCCUUCAGCUGCAGCUUCAUUCUUUGUAAUGCUCCUUCCAACCCGCAGAAGUCUCUGAGGAUCAAAGGCUCUAUGGAUUUGAGUUGAA